CUGGAACCAAGGCUUUUAUUGCUGUAGUUUAUUUCCACCCCCUUCCCUCCUGUUCUCUCUCCCUCUCUUUCUUUUUUUCCGCCCUAGCUGGAUCUGUGUUGGAGGAGAGGAGAAGAGACAGAGGAUUGCAUUUGUCUCAUAGUUUUGAAAUCUCCUAACAGCAAGGCCAGCUAAGGGAUUGUACCUUUUUCCUACAAAAAAUACAUAUAUUUUAAACCAAAUCUUUUUUUUCCGGCUAUCUUUGCUUUAAAGCUGUCCUCUUGAAAUUACUCCCCCACCCCCAGGAGAGAUGUCUUAUCAGGGGAAGAAAAAUAUUCCACGCAUCACGAGUGAUCGUCUUCUGAUCAAAGGUGGCAAGAUUGUGAAUGAUGACCAGUCCUUUUAUGCGGACAUAUAUAUGGAAGAUGGGUUGAUCAAGCAAAUAGGAGAAAACCUGAUUGUGCCAGGAGGAGUGAAGACCAUCGAAGCUCAUUCCAGAAUGGUGAUCCCGGGAGGCAUUGACGUGCACACUCGCUUCCAGAUGCCUGACCAGGGAAUGACGUCAGCUGAUGACUUCUUCCAGGGAACCAAGGCAGCCCUGGCUGGGGGAACCACCAUGAUCAUUGACCAUGUGGUUCCUGAGCCGGGGACAAGCCUCCUGGCUGCUUUCGAUCAAUGGAGGGAGUGGGCGGACAGCAAGUCCUGCUGUGACUAUUCUCUGCAUGUGGACAUCACGGAGUGGCACAAGGGCAUCCAGGAGGAGAUGGAAGCGCUGGUGAAGGACCACGGUGUAAACUCCUUCCUCGUGUACAUGGCUUUCAAAGAUCGAUUCCAGCUGACGGAUUCCCAGAUCUAUGAGGUGCUAAGCGUCAUCCGGGAUAUUGGUGCCAUAGCUCAAGUCCAUGCAGAGAAUGGUGACAUCAUUGCAGAGGAACAGCAGAGGAUCCUGGAUCUGGGCAUCACAGGCCCCGAGGGACAUGUGCUGAGCCGACCAGAGGAGGUCGAGGCUGAAGCUGUUAACCGCUCCGUCACCAUUGCCAAUCAGACCAACUGCCCCCUGUAUGUCACCAAAGUGAUGAGCAAAAGCGCGGCUGACGUCAUCGCCCAGGCACGGAAGAAGGGAACCGUGGUGUAUGGUGAGCCCAUCACGGCCAGCUUGGGGACGGAUGGCUCUCAUUACUGGAGUAAGAACUGGGCCAAGGCGGCUGCUUUUGUCACCUCCCCUCCCUUGAGCCCUGACCCAACCACUCCAGACUUUCUCAACUCCUUGCUGUCCUGUGGAGAUCUCCAGGUCACUGGCAGUGCCCACUGCACCUUCAACACUGCUCAGAAGGCUGUGGGGAAGGACAACUUCACCUUGAUUCCUGAGGGCACCAACGGCACAGAGGAGCGGAUGUCUGUUAUCUGGGAUAAAGCUGUGGUCACUGGGAAGAUGGAUGAGAACCAGUUUGUGGCUGUGACCAGCACCAACGCAGCCAAAGUCUUCAACCUUUACCCUCGGAAAGGUCGCAUCGCCGUGGGAUCUGAUGCAGACUUGGUCAUCUGGGACCCUGACAGUGUGAAGACCAUCUCCGCCAAGACACACAACAGUGCUCUUGAGUACAACAUCUUUGAAGGCAUGGAGUGUCGUGGCUCCCCACUGGUAGUCAUCAGCCAGGGCAAGAUUGUCUUGGAGGAUGGCACGCUUCAUGUCACUGAAGGCUCAGGACGCUACAUCCCCCGGAAGCCCUUCCCUGACUUUGUGUACAAGCGCAUCAAGGCAAGGAGCAGGCUGGCCGAGCUGAGAGGGGUCCCGCGUGGCCUGUAUGAUGGACCCGUGUGCGAGGUGUCUGUGACACCCAAGACAGUCACGCCAGCCUCAUCAGCUAAGACAUCCCCUGCCAAGCAGCAGGCGCCACCGGUUCGGAACCUGCACCAGUCUGGAUUCAGCUUGUCUGGAGCUCAGAUCGACGACAACAUUCCCCGCCGCACCACCCAGCGCAUUGUGGCGCCCCCUGGUGGCCGUGCCAACAUCACCAGCCUGGGCUAAAGCCCCUAGGCCUGUAGGCCACCUGGGGAUGGGGGAUGGGACACCUGAGGACAUUCUGAGACUUCCUUCCUUCCAUUUUUUUUUUUU